AUGUCAGCCAGCCGUGAGAAGAAAGCAACACCAACGAUCACAAUUGCCGCGCGGCCGCGGGCUUCAUCGGAAGACUCGUUUUCUGCGCCAUCAGUGAAGGCACCGUCAUUGAAGUCGCCAAGGACAGCGCGCUUCGCCGAAGCUACUGCGGUGAAUUCGCCCAUCGAGGCCAAGAGACUGCCCUUCAGCGAUCGCGCACUAGAGACGAACCACUACAUGGCGCAACCACAGCCCUCAGACGUCGGCUUUGGCUACGUCAACAGGCACGAGUCUGUUGAGAUGCCGGACACCGACAACAAUGACUACCCAAGCAUGCCAAAGUCACCAUUGAAAAGUCCGCUGAAGAGUGCUAUGAAGACACCUGGUGCCGCACCGAAGAACUUUGCCGGAUUCGGUGAUCUUGGGGGCGCAAAUUUCAAGGAGGAAGAAAUAUUAGAAAAGCAGGAAGCUUUCACCGAAAAGAAGCAAGCAGCGGAUCUGUCUCCACAGAGAAUCAAAACGCGAGUACGGAUGGCAAAAAUGAUGCUCAGAGGAGUCAACUUCUCUUGCUCGCUUAUCGUGCUUGGUAUGCUUUCGACAACCUUCUCGAUCUUCAACGCAACGAGACACAUUCCGCCGCGCAACAAUCUGCCUCCAUGGGCAGUAAACCAGAAGACUUGGCCUCAGAUCGUCCUUCUUGUCAUCGCAUGCGUCUCCCUCGCCUUCUCAAUCCUGAUCUUCUACGGGUACUACCGAGGCGGACACAAACGUGCCGAAAAGGCCGCAGUCUACUACACAGCCUUCGCCGUCGCCUUCUUCGUGUUCAGCAUCGUCAUGUGGGGCAUUGGUGCAGGCAUAUUACAAGGCUCGAAGAACAACAGCAACAACAAAGACAUGUGGGGGUGGUCGUGUGUGAACAACACGCGCAAACAGCUCUUUCAGAACGAGGUGUCCUACGAUCUGAUCUGUCGCCUACAGAACUGGAGUCUGGUCUGCUGCAUCAUCGAAGUCGUCGUCGAGACCAUCACCAUUGUGGUGUACGGCGUUACUUUCUACCGCUUCUACUCCAAGCGGCAGCUACGAAAGUCCAUGGCGAACCGUGACCGUGCCCGAAGCGACCUCUACCUCGCUCAGCUACGAAGCCAAUCAGCGCCUAACACGCCUGGCCUCGCUCCCGGCUACCUCAGUCCCAGAGAAGGCGGCUACAAGCCGCAGGCUGAAUACUUCAACAACGCCUCCGACGUCGAAGAAGGCAACGUACAGUACGUCGACCCCAGCGUACACGCCGCGCCAAAGCCAUUCCAGCUACAAGCGCCACCAAUCAAGAUCACCGGCGCAACGCCGAAGAUGUCACAGAUCGGCUUCACGCCGGUCGUGACGACUACUCGAGAGCGGACGCCGUCACCUCCAGAGCAGGAUCAACGAUCACCACUCAUGGCUGAGCCGAUGCCGCGGGAGCAACAGCAGGAGCAUUUCGCUGCGGCGCCGGGCGAGCAAGUGUACGAUGCUGUGCCUAUACCUGGUGCGUACGAGGCGCCGAUGAGCCCAACGAGGACGCCGGGGCAGAUGAACUUUCCGUAUCCGCAUUCGUGA